UAGGAAUACACAUUGAAGUGAGACUCUGUCGAAAUAUGUGAAUUUAUUGAACUCGCUGCAGGUGAAGAACAGAUAGCCAUGGACGUGGAGAACUAUAGGUUCGUCGACGGCCUGUGGAUGCACAAGUUCAUUGAGGAAAGCAUACUCCGCACAGCGUUUUCGUACCAACCUCGCGCUGAUGACCUCUUCGUGGUGACUUACCCGAAGAGUGGAACCACGUGGAUCCAGUACCUAGUCCUGAGCAUUUUGAACAGAGGGGAACCUCCCAAAAGUAGAGUCGAAUUUUCUCUAGCCUCGCCAUUCAUAGAACUCAUGGGUGCGGAAGCGGCCGAGAAAAUGCCCAGACCUGGUAUCCUGAAGACUCACCUGCCUUUCCACAGAGCGCCGUACUCCGAUCAGUCCAAGUACAUCUACGUUGCUCGAAACCCUUGCGACGUCUGUGUGUCUUUCUACUACCACAUGAAGGGCUUCACGCCUAAAACGGUCAAGGAGGUUUCGUUCGCGCGGUUUCACGAACUGUUCGUUUCGGACAAGCUCGCCUGGGGACCCUACUUUGACCACCUGCAUUCGUGGUACUCGCAACGCGACCGUCCGAACGUCUUGUUUUUCACCUAUGAGCAAGCAAGGAAAGAUAGCGCGCAGUGGACUCUGAAUAUCGCCGACUUCCUGGGAAAAAAGUACGGCGAUCUGCUGCGAGAAGAUCCAGCUUUGUUUCGGAAGGUUUUGGACCUUUGCAGCAUAGAGAACAUGCGACGCGUGUUCGACGGUAGCACGCGCGGCGUAGUCAGGGAUCUUCUGAAUCUUCCAUCGGAGAAGGCGUUGAAAUCUCUGGACGUUUAUCGCGAUAAGCCUAUAAUCGUGGAGACACACGAAAGCGACGGCUUUAUACGAAAAGGCGCGGUUGGGGACUGGAAGACGCACUUCACGAUCGACCAGAUUGAGAAGACGAAAGCGUGGAUUUUGAAGAAUACUCAAGGAUCCGACGUGAUGAAGCUAUGGAGCGACAUCGACCUGCCUUGAGUUCAU